UUUGUGAAUCACGCUUACGAAAGAUUGUGCGGAUACAGCAGUGAGGACCUACUGGGAAGGGAUUCCAGAGAACUACAUAGAACAGACAAGAACAAGGAUAUCACUGAAGUCAUUAAUGGUCAUAUGAAAAAGGGGAAGAAGUGUACUUCUAACCGAACCCACGCCAGAGAAAUCAGGGAUGUAAUCAAUAUUUUACCUGCGGGCAAACGAAGAACUCCUGGGUCGCUACAAUGUCUUGGGGUAGAUU